GCAGGCGGCGGCAUGCUGAGGCGGCCGGGUCACGGGCUGAGCUCAGCGCGGCUCUCGCUACUCCUGUGCUGGCUGCGCCUCUGUCUGGCCGGCAGCGCGGCGGCCCCACACCUGGUGGUGGUGCUGGCAGAUGACCUGGGCUGGCACGACGUGGGCUGGCACGACUCCCUCAUCCGCACCCCGCAGCUGGAUGCGCUGGGGGCGGGCGGGGUGCGGCUGGAGCGCUACUACACGCAGCCCCUGUGCACCCCGUCCCGCAGCCAGUUGCUCACCGGCAGGUACCAGAUCCAUACAGGUUUACAACACCAAAUAAUUUGGCCUUGCCAGCCCAGCUGUGUCCCGUUGAAUGAGAAACUCCUGCCUGAACUGCUGAAGGAAGCAGGAUACGAUACUCACAUGGUAGGGAAGUGGCAUCUAGGCAUGUACAGAAAAGAGUGCCUUCCAACCCGCAGAGGAUUUGAUACUUAUUUUGGUUAUCUUCUGGGAAGUGAAGAUUAUUAUUCCCAUGAACGUUGUGUGUUCAUCAGUGCAAAGAAUGCAACACGCUGUGCUCUUGAUUUUCGAGAUGGAGAGGAAGUUGCAGUUGGAUUUGGAAACAUGUAUUCCACUAAUGUAUUUACGAAAAGAGCUGUAGAUCUUAUAGCCAGCCAUAAAACUGAGAAGCCUCUGUUUCUCUACCUUGCUCUCCAGUCUGUCCAUGAGCCCCUUCAGGUCCCUGGGAAAUACAUGAAACCGUACGCCUUCAUCAAAGAUGAGAAGAGACGUCAUUAUGCGGGAAUGGUGUCCAUUAUGGAUGAAGCUGUAGGAAAUGUCACUGCAGCCCUGAAGAGAUAUGGACUUUGGGACAACACAGUUCUCAUCUUCUCUACUGAUAAUGGAGGACAGACUUUGGAAGGUGGAAAUAACUGGCCUCUAAGAGGAAGAAAGUGGACGCUCUGGGAAGGAGGAGUGAGAGGAGUAGGAUUUGUUGCAAGUCCUUUACUGAAACAGAGGGGAGUAGAAAGUCAUGAACUGAUCCACAUCUCUGACUGGCUGCCUACUCUAGUAAAUCUUGCUGGGGGACAUAUAAACAGCACUAAGCCUCUGGAUGGCUUUGAUGUGUGGAAAACUAUCAGUGAAGGAAGCCCUUCUCCCAGAAAGGAGCUGCUUCAUAACAUAGACCCCAUGUUUGUGGACACUUCUCCAUGUCCUGGUAUUGACAACAGGACAUCUUCACCGCAGAAUAAUUCUUUUCCAUGGGACGAUUCAAUGUUCAAUAUAUCCAUACAUGCUGCAAUUCGACAUGGAAAAUGGAAACUACUAACUGGGUAUCCAGGCUGCAGCCACUGGUUCCCACCACCACCUUUGUUCAGCGAGUCAAAGAUUCUAUCAUCUGACCUACCAACAAAAAAACUUUGGCUUUUUGAUGUUGUUAAAGAUGCUGAGGAGAGAAACGACUUGUCUGAAAAAUAUCCUGGUGUUGUGAAAAAACUGCUCUCUCGGCUGCAGUACUACUAUAAACACUCUGUGCCUGUGUUCUACCCUGACGAAGACCCCCGUUGUGACCCAGCAGCAACUGGAGCCUGGGGGCCUUGGAUGUAGAAUACUACAUUUGCAGCCUGAAAAAUACAACUGUGGUGGAAAUUGUGGACUGAGGGUCCUAGUCACAUAUUUUGACCUCAUUUCUUUUACCCUUUUAACUGUGAUUUCAUCCCUUGGGUUAUUCAAUUCUGCUGCUUCUUAGGCAGUAUUAAAGAUCUAAUUUAACCCCCUGAUUGUACUAGAAACACUGUUAAAAUCAUAAAUCUGUCAUUUUGAUGUUUUGUCAGUGCUAUGUCUCUAAAAUGGAGGGUUAAAGCUGCUAGCCAGCUGGGAAAUAUUACUUCACUUGGAAAGCUCUAAUGAGUCACAGAGGCAAGGCUAUCCAGUUCUUUCAUAUUUAAAGUCACAUGUUUGACUUCAUGCUUGCCAGUGGCCAAAUCUUAUAGGAGGCUGACACACAGGUUUUAAAAAAAAUAGAAGAAAGAAAACAGUUUCUGAGUUUGGCUGUCAUUACAUUUUCUCAGCUUUACCAUACAAAUCUGUCCAGUAAUGAGCAACAAAGAGUCCUGUGGCGCCUUAAAGACUAACAGAUGUAUUGGAGCAUAAGCUUUCAUGGGCAGAUACCCACUUUGUCACACGCAUGACGUAUUCACCCACGAAAGCUUGUGCUCCAAUACAUCUGUUAGUCUUUAAGGUGCCACAGGACUCUUUGUUGCUUUUUACAGAUCCAGACUAACACUGCUACCCCUCUGAUACCUGUCCAGUAAUGGAUGGUUUCAGAAAUCUCUGAGCACAAGCCUCCUCCCACUGGGCAACAAAAAAUCUAACUGUACACUUGUCCACUGUUGACAUAUGGUUAGAGCAUUGGUUUGAUUUUAUUUACACCUUGGCUGUAAGUACCAAAUCUUUAGGACUUUUGUGCCUUUGUUAUCACAGCAGAGACUGCCUUCAUCUAAUAGUCAGCUUUCGGACAUCCCUUCAUUUUGCAGUGCCUUUUCCAGUUCAUUUCUUCUUUCUUGUGCUUCACAAUGCAGUUUUGAAUUCUUGUGCAGGAGAUUCCCAUCUUCUGCUAAUAUCUCUGGAAAACCUUUUCUACUGCAUAUCCCUUCUCUAAGGGCAUUGCCAGUUAUCUGUUUUGUACUGAUGUAAUAUUUCAAACUGGUUUUUUAGAGACCACUUUUAAUUUUCCAUUACAGUUUUAAUUUUUAGGUUCUACGUUUUUUUGUUGAGAUGAAUGAUGUUUCUUUAGUAGUCUUGAGUAUCUAAAAGAAUUAAGAGAGGAGAGGAAAAGUAUUGCUGUACCCCAUAUAUUUUAUUUUUUAGCUGUGUUGGUCCCAAGAUAUUAGAGAGACAAGGUGGGUGAGGCAGUAUAUUUUACUGGACCAACUUCUGUUGGUGAAAGAGACAAGCUUUUGAGUUCUGUGUAAGCUCAAAAGCUUCUCUUCAUAAACAGCAGUUGGCCCAAUAAAAGACAUUACCUCACUCACCUUAUUUCUCUAGUUUUUAGAGAUAUUAUUUCCAUUUGUUAUAAUUCAUUAAUUAUACAUCUGGGGAAAGAAAUAAAAUACUUAUUAAAGGAAGCCUCUGAUUGGCUAGCAAA